AAAAUCUAUCAGAAUGAAAAACGUCUCAUGGCCGGUGACCACCCGGUUGAGCUUCUCCUGUAUGACUUUCAGAAAAAUUAUCACUUGUAUGUGUAUCCUGUGCACUGGCAGUUUUACCACCUUGAUCAGCACCCUGCUGACAGAUUAUUGACCCACUCGGAGCUGGCUCCCUUGAGAGCUUCUCUUGUUCCCAUGGAACACUGCAUAACCCGGUUCUUCCAGGAGUGUGAUGGAGACCAAGAUAAACUUGUCUCUUUGAAGGAGUGGUGCCACUGCUUUGGGAUUAAGAGAGAGGACAUAGAUGAAAACCUCCUGUUCUGAGCACGAGUGAACAGAAUCCCAGUGCUUUGUUAAUACCGGGU